AUAGGAACAAAUUGAUAUUUGGUUUUAAUCAGAGAGAGGACAGAGAUGAGAGCGGGAAGGAGAGGAAAGUAGCAUAAAAAUACCAGCCCGGCAGACUGCCACAGAUGUAGGGGAUACAGACGGGUACAACCAGGCAAUGGCAACAUAGAGUGGAAACCCAUUUUGCGUGGCUGGAGUUGACCCCUGGAUGUCUGGAUCAACGCGCCGUGCGGCAUGUGACAGCAGUGACGGAGUUGGAUAAGACAGAUCUCUCCGAGCUCUGCGUGGGUGCGCCGAGGUGGAAUGGACGCCGCCGGCAUAUGGACGGACCGCCGGAACGGGAGAGCCGUGGCGUCCCACUGACCUCCCGGAGGACCUCUGGGAGAUAGACUCGCACGCGGCGGGAGGAACUCUUGGCUGCUCCGGAUCUUCCAUCUCCAGACAUGAACCUGGUUCUCCUGGCCUUCAGGCUGAUGUGCCUGGCUUGGCUGUGGCCCGUCACGCUGCUCAACGGCAGUCACCGAUCCAACAAGAGGAGGCACAAGGACGUGUACCUUGGAGAAAAUGUCAAGAACAAACAUGGAGGACGAAUUGACUUCAAGAUGAAGAAGUCUGACAGCACCAAGUCCUUGCUGAUAAAAUCCGAACAGCUGCUCCGUAUCGAGGACCAUGACUUUGCAAUGCGGCCCGGCUUUGGAGGGGCAGCUAUUCCUGUGGGCAUAGAUGUGCAGGUGGAGAGCAUUGACAGUAUAUCAGAAGUCAACAUGGACUUCACCAUGACUCUGUACUUGAGACACUACUGGCAGGACGAUCGGCUGGCCUUCCCUUCCAGUAGCAACCGGAGCCGGACCUUUGACGCUCGGCUAGUUAAGAAGAUCUGGGUGCCGGACGUUUUCUUUGUCCACUCCAAACGUUCUUUCAUCCAUGACACAACAAUGGAGAAUAUCAUGCUGCGGGUGUACCCUGACGGCAACAUCCUCUACAGUGUCAGGAUCACCGUGACGGCUCUUUGCGCCAUGGACUUCAGUAGUUUUCCUUUGGACACGCAGAAUUGCUCUCUGGAACUGGAGAGCUACGCGUACAAUGAAAACGACCUCAUGCUCUACUGGAAGAACGGGAACGAUUCAUUAAGGACUGACGAGAUCGUGCUCUCGCAGUUUUUUAUUGAAGAAUUUCAUCCUUCCUUCGGGCUUGCCUUCUACAGCAGCACCGGUUGGUACAACAGGCUUUACAUAAACUUCAUCCUCAGGAGGCAUAUCUUCUUUUUCAUGCUGCAGACCUAUUUUCCCACCAUGCUGAUGGUGAUGCUUUCCUGGGUGUCCUUCUGGAUUGACAGGAGGGCUGUGCCCGCCCGGGUGUCACUGGGCAUAACCACAGUUCUGACCAUGUCCACCAUCAUCACAGGGGUGUCAGCCUCUAUGCCUCAGGUGUCUUAUGUAAAAGCUGUGGACAUCUACCUGUGGGCCAGCUUCCUGUUCGUCUUCCUGUCCGUCAUCGAGUAUGCCGCUGUCAAUUACUUUACCACCGUCGAGGAGAUGAAGAAGCUCAAGAGGGGAAAGAUCACUGAUGAUUUCAACGCUACUCAAAACAUGGCCUUUGAUGGAUGUUACCAUGACAAUGACAUUGACCUGAUGCCCUUCCAGGAGCUGCCCAGCACACCUAACACAGAUCCAAGUCGGGCGGCCACGUCCAGGAACUCAACCGCAGAGCCCACACCAUCAGAGGGCACCAGGUUACGGCGCAAAAAGUCCAUCAAACACAACCUCAGCUUCAUAAUGAGUAACAGCUACAUGAUUGACUCAUACUCCAGAAUCAUCUUCCCCAUGACAUACCUGCUGUUCAACAUUAUCUACUGGAGUUUAUACUCAUGAGCUUUAGACACACUAUCAGCCCAGCUGCAGUUCCCAUCCGCAUCUAGUGGAGUUUCCUCUGUACUAAGAACUAUUGACAGAACUAUACAACAGAACUUUACAACUGUUCAUUUUCUGAUAGGUUAUUCACGCCAACAACAUCAAGCCAUUUUAUUCUGUCACCCACUGGAUUAUGACCUUAACCAAUGGUGUCUACUGAAGUGCAUUGUGGGAGUUUUGGACAUUCAAGCUCUCCUGUGUGAGGGAAGAUUCAAGCUCUACUGUGGAGGCCGUUUCCUGAGAAUGUUUCUGUAAUGCACCGUUGCUUUUUAUUUGCCGGUUUAUAUAGUUACUGUGUAGUGUAAAUUUAAAUGUACAUGAAAAUGAAUGUGCACGUGUAUGUUUCACAUUGGUUUAUAUAACCAACAAAAUAAUACCAUAUUAGCUUAAAAUACAUUUAAUGUAAUUCAUACAUAUUUUGUUAUUGGUGAAAUAAUAUUUAAUUAUACAGCUAUUAUUGUGAUGCCUCAUUAAAAAAAUUAAAUUAA